GACGUGUCGAAAACUAUAUAGGUUGAUGUUGUAAUUUGUCAAGAUAAGACAUGACGAACUGCUCUGCUCCAAGAUUGACGUCUCGACCGCAAUGGCUCUGGAAACAUGUGGCUUUAUCGUGCGUUCUAGUUUCAAUACUUCUACCUGCUGUAGUGCCCAUAAAUGAUGAAUAUUGCAUUCAUCAUCAGGACGCACCAGUUCCUUCGGAAAUGUCAGACUCAUCGAUCGAGAAUGAUAACGGGACAGAGUUUCGCAUUGUCGAGAGGGACGAAUGGGGUGCACGGCCACCUUCGGAUCCCCUAAGAAAAAUGAAACUGCCAGUACCACAUGUAAUUAUUUGUCACACUGCGACAGCAUUCUGUACCACGCAAUCAGAGUGCGCAAACGAAUUGAGAAUUAUCCAGAAUAAUCAGAUGAAAAAUGAUUAUGCGGAUAUCGCCUACAAUUUCAUGGUCGGAGGCGACGGCCUCGCAUAUGUUGGCAGAAACUGGAAUUACGUUGGUGGCCAUUCAGGAGAAUAUAACGGCAAAAGUAUCGGUAUUGCGUUUAUCGGUAAUUUCACUUCGGUUGUACCGCCGAAAACGCAAUUAAAUGCCGCGCAAAAGCUCAUAGAGUUAGGCAGAGGAGCCGGAAAAAUUGCGCCUGACUAUAAAUUGUUAGGUCACCGACAAGCUGUGAAGACUAAGAGUCCUGGAGAUGCCUUAUAUAAUGAAAUUAAAAAGUGGCCCCAUUGGUCAUCCCAGCCUAGACCUUAAAGAGGAUUUUCGAUAUAUCUUACAAGUCUGUUCUAUCGAUUACAAACGCUAUCUUAUUGAAAAACAUUUUUACUUUAAUGUCCGUCGCGAGAAUUUUCAUGAUAUUUUUCUCGUUUCUGAUGUUAUUAAUCCAAGAUGGCUGCAGUGAGUGAACAGGAGCCUUAACUUGUGAAUGAAAUACAAUGUCUGAAAAUAUUCACAUCUUUUUUUCUUUAAAUCUGCGGUUGUUAUCUCUCUAUGUUAGUUAGAUAUAAUUACAACAUGUACAUCAGAUAACAGUUAACUGAAAAUAUCGCGGGUCUAUUAUUCCCGUUCUAAUGUAAAAAUCUUUUUACACCCAAAUACAAUAAAAUGACAAAA